CAGAGACAAUCGAGAGUAAAUAUGGGAAAGAGGGAUAGAKGUAGUGAUGCCAGUCAGAGGUCUGACAAAAGAAAGAAAAGCAAAAAAAGAGAAAAAACCGUCAAGGAAGAACAGCCUGUACUCCAAAAAAAACAUGAUGAGGGCGAAAGCGCCGACUCGCAAGGGAUCAUUGUUGAUUCGAUCAGAUCAAUGAAACAAGAGCAUUCCCUGACCCAGGACUUUUCCAACUGCCUGGUAGAUGAAGAAAAACCUGUAUUUUUCCGAAAGCGGGCCAAGCUUUCGAUUUCGUUGCUGCCCUGGUCUCUCAAGGAUUGUAAGCAAUCAGUUGAAAAUUCUCUCCGGAAGAUGAUGCUAAAAUUCUCCAAUGGUCUGGGAGGAAUAUUAAUGGCGUACGACAACGUUAAACUUCAAGACCAUGAAGACAAAUCGUCCUUGGGAAAGGGAUGGAUACUCAACGAACUUCCUCACGUUCAUUACGAUGUUUCUUGUGAUGUUCUCGUGUUCUAUCCUUCGAUCGGAUGCCAGGUAAGAAGAACCUGACCGCCGGAUCAUGUUCUCAUUUUAUGGAAGCAAUGAAUCUUUUGAAGAGAGUGAUCUCAAAUUAUUUAUUUUUUGUCUGUUAUAAUCCAAAAGUUGAAAGGGGUCGUUAACGAGUGUUUUCCUUCCCAUGUGGGAAUGUUAGUGUUUGGUUACAUCAAUGCCAUGGUAUCUGCAGAAACAAUUCGUGAAGCCGGGUACACAUUUGACGUUGAUUUACAGACGUGGACAAAAGGAGGUGACUCAAUCGCCAGUGGAGUCAAAAUCAACUUUGUCGUGACAACAAUCCAUGAAUGCGACGGUACUAUAUCACUUGAGGGUGAUAAGCCUGCACGAGCUCUGUUGGUGGAUACUUCCAGAUAAGUAUGGAAGCCGCAUGGUAUACUAAGACAGGUAACCAGAAUCUAUCAUGUAUGUUCAGGUAAUCUUGUGUUGAGUUACAUCGACUAGCUUAAUAAGAAAUACUGUACACG